GGGGCGCGCCCUCCAUUUUGUGGAACGCAGGAGCAGCUAAGUGCGUCAGUUUUGGAAAGACGUAGACGAGUUUAGUCCUGGUUUGCGGGGAGGCAGACGGCUCCGUCGCAGACUACGGACCUCUCUGGUCUCUCAGCUGCCAAAGAUCCUGUCCGGUAGAUGGGAGGGGGCCAGAAGAGCCAGGGAGAGAGUGCGGCUGCGCAGUUCCAGAGGCGGCAGUGGGCGUUGCGGUUGCUGCGGUCUGGGCCCAGGGAAGGAUCGUGUUGGGAGCCGAGUUUUAAUUUUGUCUGCAAGGGACCUGGCCUAAUAAGAGGCACUCUUGGCAAUCUUGUUUAUAACAUCACCGGGAAAUACUAGCCGGAUAUCAUGAGUGGCUGUCGAGUAUUCAUCGGGAGGCUAAAUCCCGCGGCCAGGGAGAAGGACGUGGAAAGAUUCUUCAAGGGGUAUGGACGAAUAAGAGAUAUUGAUCUGAAAAGAGGCUUUGGUUUUGUGGAAUUUGAGGAUCCCAGGGAUGCAGAUGAUGCUGUAUAUGAACUUGAUGGAAAAGAACUCUGCAGUGAAAGGGUUACUAUUGAACAUGCUAGGGCUCGAUCUCGAGGUGGAAGAGGUAGAGGACGCUAUUCUGACCGUUUUAGUAGUCGCAGACCUCGAAAUGAUAGACGAAAUGCUCCACCUGUAAGAACAGAAAAUCGGCUUAUAGUUGAAAAUUUAUCUUCAAGAGUCAGCUGGCAGGAUCUCAAAGAUUUCAUGAGACAAGCUGGGGAAGUAACCUUUGCGGAUGCACAUCGACCUAAAUUAAAUGAAGGGGUGGUAGAGUUUGCCUCUUAUGGUGAUUUAAAGAAUGCUAUUGAAAAACUUUCUGGAAAGGAAAUAAAUGGGAGAAAAAUCAAAUUAAUCGAAGGCAGCAAAAGGCACAGUAGGUCACGAAGCAGGUCUCGUUCCCGAACCAGGAGUUCCUCUAGGUCUCGUAGCCGAUCUCGUUCCCGGAGUCGCAAGUCUUACAGCCGGUCCAGGAGCCGGAGCCGGAGCCGGAGCAAGUCCCGUUCUGUUAGUAGGUCUCCUGUGCCUGAAAAGAGCCAGAAACGUGGUUCUUCAAGUAGAUCUAAGUCUCCAGCAUCUGUGGAUCGCCAGAGGUCCAGGUCCCGAUCCCGGUCAAGGUCCAGAUCAGUUGACAGUGGCAAUUAAACUGUAAAUAACUUGCCCUGGGGGCCUUUUUUAAAAACACACACACAAAAAUUCCCAAACCAUACUUGCUAAAAAUUCUGGUAAGUAUGUGCUUUUCUGUGGGGGGGUUGGGGGUGGGAUUUGGAGGGGGGUUGGGUUGGGCUGGAUAUCUUUGUAGAUGUGGACCACCAAGGGGUUGUUGAAAACUAAUUGUAUUAAAUGUCUUUUGAUAAGCCUUCUGCUCACAUUUUUGUGAAUGUCUGAAGUGUAUAGUUUGUGUAUAUUGAGAGAGCUCUUUUAUAACUAAAGCAAAUUUAAUUUUUUUGUACUAGAAAAGAUUUGAACAUUUUAGUUCUUGGUUAUUCAAAUAUGUUAAUUCAGAAUUAGUUUAAUGUCUCAAUUAAACUAAUUAAUAGCUUUGGACACUUAAAAGAGCUCUAAAUUUGCUUGUACAUAAAGGCUUGAGUUUUCCUUGUUAGGGUCAAGGGUGUCCUCCCACCCACCCUUUAACAGCUGCCUGACGACACGUUAAAGCAGCUGUUUGUUAUUGAUAAUAAAAGAUUAUAAAACUGC